UCGCGGAAGGAACGGGGUGUUGCACUUGAACCUCGGACUACAAAAUUACAUUCCGCAGAUAAAUGUUGAAAGUUUGAUACGGGGACAGAAACCUAAAUAAUUUUAUUUCCGCCAUGACAUAAAACUUUUGUUUGGGGGUUAUAUCUAUAUUGUCUCUUCUGCUUCAAAAGAGCGAAGUUCGCAAUUAAUCGCUAUGGAAGGACUACAAGCGUAGUUGUUUUUUUUAGUUAACAGACUGGAAAAUGCCGUAGUUCUUCUUUCCACAGUUUAGUUGUUAUUCGCCUUUGUAUAUAUUUAAAAAUGCCACGGGAAGUUCAUCUACUGGCCAUACUGAUCGUGCUAGCAGUGUGCACGGGUCGGUCUUGGGCGAAAAUUACCAUCAGCUGCGAGGCCGUUUGUGAUCAGGUGGAGAGCGUCCACGGCGAGGAGGACAGCGAGUGCGACGCCGUCUGCCGCAUGAAGCAGUGUAAAGAUGGCUGUCUUGACUGGAGAGAAGGAACGCGCUCGUCCUGUCAACAGAUAUGCACUUUGCACGGCUGGGAGAGUGAGGACACGAUGUUUUGCACAAUGGGCUGUGUCUAUGCGGCGCAGUCUUACAUACGGCAGAUUGAAGAGCUGAUCGGUAAGCCCCCCGCGCCGUCGCUGGUGGGCAAGAGCGUGAGUGGGUCGAGCGUGGGCCUUCGGUGGAGCGGCGCCCCCGAGGUGGAGGACGUCAAGUACCUGGUGCAGUAUCAGCAAAACAAGGGGCCUCCUGAGUGGGUCUAUUACAGGCCUAGUCACCCGGUCAACGCCACGGAGAUUAUUGUGGAGGAUCUGAAGCCUUAUACGAAGUACCAGUUCCGCAUUGCCUGGCUGGUUCUGCCUCGCCACACGCCCAUCCUCUCCAACCCGAGUUCGUGGAUCAGCACCCUCGCUUCGGGGCCUCCUCGCUCGCCCCCGCGGGAACUCCGGGCUGUACCUCUCGACUGGUCCCGCGUGGAGGUGUCGUGGGAUCCGCCUCUCUUCCCCGGCGGAGAUCUCAUCUCGUACACGCUCUAUUCCAAGGAUGCUGAGGGAAAACAGGAGAUGAGGGAUAACAUUGAUGCUAAUAGUGAGAGGAGAUACAUUCUCUCGGAAUUAUCGGCAAACACAACUUACAUCCUCAACCUCACCUCCACCAAUCGCCAAGGAGAAGGACCAGCUGUUGUUGCUCAAGUGACAACCUAUCCUACAGCUCCUGCUGUUGACGAUGGCCAGGGUUACCUGCUACUUACCUCAGGGUCAAGGAUCUUAAAACUAGGACUAGAUAUUACGGACGCUCCUCAACAUCUGUAUAACGUAUCGGAGCACCUCAAUAUUACAGGAAUGGCUGUCUAUAUUCCCUACGACGUGAUCUUCAUCAGUGACACCGGCGGCUCCAUCACGCAGCUGAUCCCAUCUACGAAAAAAGUCUACACGCUGUUGACUCAAAACCACCUCUAUGGCUACCCACUGAGCCUCUCUGUCGACUGGCUCUACAAUCACCUCUACUACAUCGUGCACUUAGAGCCUACAGUGAACAACGUGUGGCAGUUAUGGAGGUGCAACCUGUACGGAAAACAACCAGUGCUGAUCUACGGGGAACUCCAUUACGAGCCGAAGCACCUACAGGUGGACCCUUACAAUGGAUAUAUCUGGUGGAUCUCCGAGGACGUGGACGGGGGACUGUACCGCCUUGACAUGAAUGACAGCGACGAGACGAGGGAGCCUGAGAUCGUGCUGAGUUCCCCCGAGCUGGACUUGGGCGGCCUGGUGCUCGACCCGCCCAACUUCCAGGUCCUCGUGGCAGACAGGAAGAACAACGCGAUGCUUGCUGUGUCUCUGGACGGCACAUCGGUUACCAACCUCCGUGCCAACACCCAGCGCGCCUUCUUCCAGCACCUGAAGUCGGUCGUACACCUGAACAGCCGCUUCAUCUGGACUGAUGGCAGUGAAGUCUACACUGAGGAACUUAAUGAUGGCACUUUCUAUCAUAUUAGUUACGUUGUGAUGAACAGCAUGAACACCGUAGACGUCGGGACCCUCGUCGCUGUUCACGGUUCAACACAGCCUGUUCCUGUUCCACUCAAUCCACCGACUGAUCUGCAGGCUGUGUUCACUCGCACUACUGCGUCCCUGCGCUGGAAUGCCCCGGCUCUGCCUGCGCUUAUGGGCUCGCGUGCAUGGCAAAUGUGGCGCUAUGAGGUUCACAUCCAGGAAGGACGGAAGACAAUUUCGGACAAAAACAUAACAAUGACAACAUACCAGGCCGUUAAUCUAAGGCCGGGAACUUUUUAUAUCAUCAAGGUCCAGGCGUACUCCCGGGGGGGAAAAGGGCCCUGGAGUCGGGAAUUCCGAGGUCGUACUUUAGACGCCACGGACGACGCCCCUCAGUUGGUGUGGGCGACGGAGGACAAGAUAGUCAUGUCGAAUCUCGUCGGGAGUGACAGUUCGGUGCUCGUGCCUCAAGAAACAUUGCAGACGAAGCUGAAAGGCGAGAAGAUCGUGGACCUGGCUUUUUUUCGAGAUACUCUGGUUAUGGCUGUGAGCAACCAGAGCGUCUUUUUGAUGAACAUGACAGCCUCGACAUUUGCUGAAGUGCCCAACACUCACGGCGUCCUCUCGGUCUCCGUGGACUGGCUCACACAGCGCCUAUUCUGGGCUAAUCCUCACAGGCAGAUGAUCGGGUGGUCGAGCCUGCAGGGGACGUCGCAAGGGCCCCUGAAUGUGGUCACGGCCGCCAGGGAGGUCCGCGUGGACGCCCUUCACGGCCGCCUCUUCUGGACGACGCCCCACGGCCUCCUCGUCUCGACUCUGGCCGGCAGGAACGUCUCCACGAUCCACCAGGAAGGCAUCUUCAGUGGCAAACAAGUGUAUGGGCUGACAGUGGACACCUUUGGAGCGCGUAUUUGGUGGAUUGUCCGAGAUGGCGAAGGUUGUAAGCUGUUUGGUGCUUCGAUGAAGGACAAGGUUGUUAAGUUUCCUACCAAGGCGCUUCCGCAACCGGUUAUGCUUGGCCCCAUGUGGUACCUGAGCGAGCGCCUCCUGUGGCUCGGGGAGGACGGGGACCUGGUGGUGUCGGACACGAGCCUCAACAACUCGGCCGCCCUGCACACCUCCAGCCUGGGCAUGUUGCAUUUCACCGUUAUCUUGCCCGAUUUGCAACCCAUGCCAGCCAACGUGCUCGAGCCCCACGUGAUCCCGGGCCAGAUCGACGAGACCUCCGUGGUGGUGGAGGGGACGUGGGAGGAAUUCGUGCUCCGGUGGUCUCCCAUCACCAACAUCAACUACGGCAACCUUCUGUACGAGGUCAUCAUCGACAACGGCGCCGGCAAGAAGGCGAUCCUGACCAGAAACAACUCCAUUCCUUACGAGGAGAAGCUGCCCCCAUACUCUCCCCUGAAGUUGUCCGUGAGGGGCAUCACGGACUGGAGUGUCGGCACGAGGCUCAUCAAGACCAUACGGACUCCAGCGUCGCUGCCCGGCCCUCCUCAGGACCUGCGGACGUUCGUGCAGAAGGUGCAGGACACAGUUGCAAUCAUUCACUUGCGCUGGUCGGCCCCCGAAAAGCCGAACGGGGAAAUAACAUCGUACGAGGUGAUCUACUGUGCCGGGGAGAGCGACGGGGGAUGCAGGAGCGUCUCGGUGGAGGGGAGCCAGAACCAGGUCAUGGUGGAGGACCUCAGUCCCGAUCAAGUCUACAGGUUCAAAGUUGCCGCUGUGAACGAAAUAGGCAAAGGGCCUUACAGUUCCGAUGUGACAGAGGGCCUGCAACAGCACAUGCCCACUCCUUCCCUCAUCGUAGUCGCCGGGGAAGCUCUGAUGAAGCUGGACGCCGACCUGCAGGAGGAGAGAGAGAUCCUGAGUGAGAAUUCGAGAGUGCAGUGGGUGUCCGCUCUCCUCUCCAAUUCCUCCUUCGCUUGGAUGGACAUGAACUCUGACGUUUAUAUUACGCAUCUGACCACGAAUUAUACAGAGAGGCUCCUCCGUCUGGGCGGCCAGGGCGUGGGUUUGGCCGCAGACUGGGUCGGGGAGAUCAUCGUGUGGGCCGAGAGACCGUCCGUGGGCUCGAGGGAUAUCAGCCUCCAGAUGCUCGAGAUCGAAUACAAGACCAAGAAAUCUCUCGCUAAAAUCAACUUGAGUGAUCCCAUCAAGAAAUUCUUGCUGUCACCCGCCACGAGUCAAGUUCUUAUGCUCCACGAUAGCUAUAGAGGUUCGAAACUCUCAAUAGUGAGUUUCGCCUACUCAAAAGACGUGCAGGAUGUGUUUAGCCAAGAAAGGAAUUUGGAAUGCACUUGCUCGAAGAACCCCAGUCUUGUGGGCGGAGUUGCCUUGGAUACAACCAACCUCACGCAUCCCGCUCUGUACUUCGUGGCCGGCGGGAGCUCCAGUGAAACCCCCAGGACGACGGUCGUGUACAAAACGGACUUGCACGGCUGUGACUGCGAGUCGGUAUUUGUGCCGGAAGACUUUGGUUAUGGGCCCUGCGUUGAAAUAGCAGUGGACUUUGCUCAUCUCUACUGCUACGUAGGUGUUAACCAGACCCUCCUGUGGCUCCCCAAAACGGGCACCGUCUCCGCUGACUCCAUUCAUGCACAAUAUCUCUACAAUGCAACGUCUCUCAUCCCUCUGGAUCUUGCAACGCAACCAAUGCCAGAACCCGAGUGCCUCAUCACCUCGAACUACACAGACCUCCCUGAACUAGCCGGCAGUCAAGAAACAGCCAUUGCCAUCAAGCUGAAAAUUCCCGAAGUCAAAGUCGAUGCGUGUGGAAACCUGCCCUUGCCCCCCAUUAUGUACACUGUGUACUAUGCUCCCGAGUCCCACUCUGAAGAAGGCUCCUGCGUGACGGACGCGAAGAACUGUAGGCAGAGGAGGAGUACAAACAACGUCAUCACCGUGGACGGGCUGCAGCCUUUCACGCGAUACGUUUUCCGAGCUUCCGUUGAGACGGUCUACAACAACAGACUGGGAAUCGUAUCUAUUGCCGGUCCCUAUGCCACAUUCAAGACUAAAGCAAAAGCCCCCGAGAGCGUGGGCAAGAUCACGGCCGAGGUCCUGUCGCCCGAGGAGAUCGACGUGAGCUUCAAGUCCGAGGCCGACCAGGUGUACGAGAUCCACUGGCAGGGCGAGGCGUCGAGCGCGGGGCCCCUGCGCUUCCACGUCAACAGCACGGGGAGGGUCCAGAAGAAGAUAACCAAGCUGAGUCCCAACACGAAGUACGAGGUUUGGGUGCGAGUCUACUCCAAGGACAAGCUCCUGUAUACAGACAGCCCAAGAGAGGCGGUCAUCACACUGCCGGAAUUACCGUACCUGAAGCUCGAGAACGCGACCGCCCGCGCCCUCUACGUUUCGUGGAUUUCGCCUUCAGAUCACUCCGUCCUUCGCCAUGUUAUCGAAUACAUUCCCCGGGGACAACCGCUUUGGAAGCACUUGUCCAUGGUACAAACAUCACCUGGACACAAGUACUUAGCCAACAUCACCGACCUUGAACCGGCCACCUCGUAUUUACUGAGACUGAGAGUGAUUUACAAUAAUACUCUCCACUCUUUCACGUGGCCGGGGAAGCCUUUGUUCAACUUUACAACACUAGGCGAGGUCCCAGGCGAACCCGGGCAGGUGAUGCGGCAGACGAGCGCCCUCUCGUCCAGCGUGGGCCUGCGAGUGUGGUGGACUGAGGCGGAGUCCAACGGGGCGCCUGUCAUCGCGUACACACUGCAGGCGGCUCCUUACACCUCCGACCAGCUGGAUGGGAAUAGGACCUUCACGACGGUGUACAAUUCGACGGAAAACUAUUGGCUGAUAGAGGGCCUCGAGGAGUCCUCCAGCUACAUCUUCCGCGCUCGGGCCAUCAACGAGCUCGGCGUCGGGCCGUGGGGCAUGGAGAACCUCAUUGACACCGUGAUCGGCCCCAAGAUGCUGCCCCAGACGGACCUGCCCACAAUCCUCGCUUCCACCAUUCCAACAUCCUUCGUCUUCAUUGCCUUCUUGCUGUUCUGUCUGACUCUCCGCAAGGGCGCCACGGAGGCUGAGAAAGCAGAAUUCCUGAAGGAGGCUCAGCUGAUGAGUCACUUCCAGCACGAGCACAUCCUCCGUCUGCUCGCUGUGUGCACCGACCACGACCCCUUCUUCCUCAUCCUUGAGCUCAUGGAAGGAGGCGAUUUACUGUCCUACUUACGCACGAGUCGAGGGGCCGAAUGUGGCUUGACCUUAGCUGACCUCGUGGCGAUGUGCGUGGACGUGGCCAAGGGGUGCGUGUACCUCGAGGAGAUGCACUACGUCCACCGCGACCUGGCCGCUCGGAACUGCCUCGUGUCCACAACCGACCCCGAAUCGCGCAUCGUGAAGAUCGGAGACUUCGGCCUUGCGCGGGAUAUUUACAAGAACGACUACUACAGGAAAGAGGGCGAGGGACUCUUACCCGUGAGGUGGAUGUCCCCGGAGUCCUUAGUUGACGGCGUGUUUACCAGCCACUCCGACGUCUGGGCGUUUGGUGUCCUUCUGUGGGAGAUCCUGACGCUGGGACAACAGCCGUAUCCUGCGCGGACGAACCUCGAGGUCCUUCACUAUGUGCGCAGCGGAGGACGCUUGAACAGGCCCCCUAACUGCCCCGAGGAACUGCAUAAACUGAUGGAAAGGUGCUGGAGUUACAGCCCAGAGAACAGACCGACGUUCAGGGAAUGCCUGAGUACCUUGCUUAUGUUGGAGGAGACCAUUUCCGCCUUGCCUGCCCUUGCCGUUCACAACGUGCAUUAUAUUGGGUCAAAUGGUCCAUAUGGCUUAGAUAACCUGGCUUAUGCUGUAGAUCGAGAUGAGAACCACAAUACCAAUUCAGGCAACUCCCUGGUGAGCGCCAACGGCUGUUCCGCGACCAACUCGUGGUCCACGCAGACGAGCAGCAGCGUGGCCAACCUGGGCCCGAGGAGAGGUAGCGGUCCCGAGGACCGAGCCCUGGGAGGCGAGGCCGAGGAGUGCGACUCCUUCUCGGGGGCGAGCACGCUGCCCCUGACGGCCCCGCUCAGGAGGCACCAGCAGUACCUGCAGCUGGUGAACGAGCCCUCGCCCACGUCGCCGCCCGUGUCCCCGCGGAGCGAGGCGUCCUCGGACUGGCCGAGGUUCUCGUCGUCCGCCGAGGCUCCUCCGUCGUCGACCAGCCUCAUCGCGGCCGCCCAGGCACCCCCUUCGUCGUCGCCGCCGGGCACGAGCCACGCGUCGCCGGUGCCCGAGUCGCCGACCAGCGUCACCUUCACCUUCCCUCUGCCCAGCCUGCAGAGCGUCGUGUCGCCGCAGCACUACCUCAGGCCCUCCAGCAACAAGGUGUUCGCGGGGCCCUCGCGCUCGGGCUCGUCCGAGAACGAGGAGGAGCUCGACGCCGGCUUCGGCCCUGCGCAGGCGGACAACUCCUACGUCAACAUGUCUGCCGGGGCGGAGCUGAAGCUGAUGGACGAAGUCACAGAGGCCGCAGACUUGGAGAAAAUCAACGGCGUGAACAUGAGAAUCAAAAGAGACGAUGACUUGCAAGCGGAACUGGACAGCCAUCGGCUUAGUGGGCUGUCAGGCCUGUCAGCCGUCAGCGGGAUGACGUCAGCCUCGACUGUCGACCUCGACCACAGUCCCAGUCAGUCGUGGUGUUGAGAGUGACGCGACUUCGACAUAAUGAAAUACUUAACACGGAGGGUAAUGAGCUUUUAAGAUUUGAAUGUUAUCAGACUUCUGAUGCCAACGUUUGUUUAUGCGUGGUUAAAUCCUCAUCCGAGAUACCAAACAACUUUUAUGUUAUGUGUGUCCCAUUAGCUCUCUAUGUUUUCAAAAGUUGUAGCGCACAAUGUAUUUUG